AUGGCGCUCGACAACUACUACCACAACAAGAUCGAGGCGAUGAAGCUCGAGAUCCUCAAGGGUCAAGCCGUCCUCCGCCGUCUCGAAGCACAACGAAAUGAUUACAACUCGCGCGUGCGCCUGCUCAGGGAAGAGCUCGGUCUGCUACAACAGCCCGGGUCCUAUGUGGGUGAGGUCGUCAAGGUUAUGAGCACAAAGAAGGUCCUCGUCAAGGUGCACCCCGAGGGCAAACUCACCGUCGGCAAGCGCGUCACCCUCCUCUCAGACUCGUAUAAGCUCGAAAAGAUGCUUCCUUCCUCAGUAGACCCGCUCGUGUCCCUCAUGAUGGUCGAAAAGGUGCCCGACAGUACCUACGAUAUGAUUGGUGGUCUGGACCAGCAAAUCAAGGAGAUCAAGGAGGUGAUCGAGCUCGGCCUCAAGCACCCCGAGCUGUUCGAGUCGCUAGGUAUCGCGCAACCAAAGGGUGUCCUACUCUACGGCCCUCCCGGUACCGGCAAGACCCUGCUCGCCCGUGCCGUCGCCCAUCACACCGACUGCAAGUUCAUCCGCGUGUCGGGCUCCGAGCUCGUGCAAAAGUACAUUGGCGAGGGCUCCCGCAUGGUGCGCGAGCUGUUCGUUAUGGCGCGUGAGCACGCUCCUUCCAUCAUUUUCAUGGACGAGAUCGACUCCAUCGGUUCUUCGCGUGUCGAGGGCUCGUCGGGCGGCGACUCCGAAGUCCAGCGCACCAUGUUGGAACUCCUCAACCAGCUCGACGGUUUCGAGCCGACCAAGAACAUCAAGGUCAUCAUGGCCACCAACCGUCUCGACAUUCUCGACCCCGCCCUGUUGCGCCCCGGCCGUAUCGACCGCAAGAUCGAGUUCCCCCCUCCGAGUGUCGAGGCCCGCGCCGACAUUCUGCGCAUCCACAGCCGCAAGAUGAACCUGACGCGCGGCAUCAACCUGACCAAGAUCGCCGAGAAGAUGAACGGGUGCUCGGGUGCCGAGCUCAAGGGUGUCUGUACCGAGGCCGGCAUGUACGCCCUCCGCGAGAGGCGCGUGCACGUCACGCAGGAGGACUUUGAGCUGGCCACGGCCAAGAUCCUGAAUAAGCAUGAUGACAAGGAGGUGUCGUUGGCCAAGUUGUGGCGUUAA